AGGCUCGUAUUAAAAAGAUUAUGCAAGCUGAUGAGGAUGUUGGGAAGAUAGCAUUAGCGGUGCCUGUUUUAGUUUCUAAAGCAUUGGAGUUAUUUUUGCAAGACCUUUGUGAUCGUACCUAUGAGAUAACCCUCCAAAGAGGAGCUAAAACCAUGAAUGCAGUGCAUCUAAAGCAUUGUGUACAGAGCUAUAAUGUGUUUGAUUUUCUGAGGGACAUCGUCAGCAGGGUUCCUGACUAUGGUCAUGGUCAUUCUGAUGCAGCUGGCGAGGAUCGAGCCAUUUCAAAACGAAGGAAACCACCAGGUGAUGAAUGCAUUGACAGUGAUGAAGAGUUGAAGAGGAGCAAGAUGCUUGAGGUUAACCAUGGCAGCAGUAGCGGCAGAGGAAGAGGUCGGGGUCGAGGACGAGGCCGUGGACGUGGGCGGGCCAGUGAAAGAGAGACCCUACACCAUGAGACUGAAUCUGAACCCUGCACAUCUCUUCAGCACACCACCAAACCUAAUCCAAACCCCGGAAUGGUGGUGGAUGACGCUUCUGAGUCAAAGGAGGAAAUGAAGGAAAAUGCUGUUAUCCCUGAUGAGGCUGAUCCUGCAGUUCGAAAUUUUGAUCUGAAUGCCGAUGUAAUUGAGAAUGAGGACACAAAAGCUGCAGUGACAGCCGCCCAAGCAGCGACAGCUGCCCAAGCUUCAUCGACAGCUGCCCAAGCUGCAGCAACAGCAUCCCAAGCUGCAGCAACAGCAGCCCCGACCUCGUCAGCUGGACCUACUUCUGAGAUUAAACAUGAAGAAUAUCCUGGGUGGUCUCUCUCUGAUGUGGAUAAAAUGGCCAUUGACCCUCUUCAACUUGCACAUUUGAGCGGAAGGAUAGACGAGGAUGAGGAAGACUAUGACGAAGAGGGCUAAAUUCCUCUUGAUGACUUAUCAUCCCAAAGUAGGUUAGUGGGAUCAAGAUCAAUUGGAAGCUGUUGAAGGAAAACUAAAUAAAAGUAUACAAAAGCCGGAAUAGUGACCCAAUUGGAGAUGACAUGGCCUGGCCUAUGCACUUGUCCCAAUGAAGUUGGAAUUUCGUUUCCUGUGAAAUGUUAGUAUCAUAGCAUUUGCUAACAUCCAUUUCCAGAAGGUAGCUUUUCCUAACAAUGGCAGAGACGAUAGCCUCUGCAGUUUGACUCUUAGAAGUGUAUGAAGAAUAUGGCACCCUUGGAUAGCGGUGGAUUGCCCUAUGAGUGGUUGGCCUUUUUAAUUUAUUAUGCUUUGUUAUAGAUUCUAGGACAAGUAGCUGUGUUGCUCGUUAUCUUGUGGAAGGUAAUAGUUCUGUUAGGUCUUCAAUUAAUCUUCUGACCAGUAAAUUGGAUUUCUAUCUCUUUCCUCCCUUGCUCUAGCUCCCAAAAGAGUCCUACAAUGGGUUUGCAUGUGAGUUGCUAAUGAUUUGCUUAAUUUCAAUGAAAGUGGAUGGUGAUGGGACA